UUGAAAAAAUAAGUUAUGAAUUUAGAAAUUGACUCGAAAGAGCAAACUCAGGCUAUCUUUGCGAGCCAGCACAUGCCACCAGGAUACAUUUUGUGACAAAAUUUAGGAAGCACAGGCUAUGCCUUAUCUCAUAGUGAAGUAGUUUACCCUCAGUGGUAUCCUGGAUAUUUUGGAAUACCUCAAUUUUGGAUGACCCUUAAACCUAUUUUUCCGACUCUCAAAAUUGAGGAUUUUUGAUCGUGUCCAAACGAGUUAGCAAAAGCUCUCAAUCAAGAAAAUUCAUCUAAACCUGAGUUUAAUAAUGAAAUCUUCCAAGGGAACCUCAUGCUGAAAACCCUCUCACCAACACAGAAAUCUCCAGUAUCCAGGAAGAGAAUUUCGAAAGAGGAGUUCCAGUUGCCUAUAAUCAUCCAGGAUGAUAUCAAAAAACAUAACUUGCUCUCUGAUGCAGCACAGAAUUGGAAAAUAGAGGAGAAUUCUCACUAUCUCACUCCAUUCUGAAACCUUGAUAAACAAUUCAGAAAGAGCCAUAAAGGGAGGAAGAGAAGACUCUUUCUUGAGGCUAAAAAUUUCAAGGAGUUUAUAGAAACAAAGGUGGUCCCUAACUGGGAGAAAUAUUUGAGCUCCAUCUCUUGAAGAGAACGAAGCCUUGGAAUUAUUAAUAAACAACAAUUAUUUGCCUGGGUUCAAUUUUUUAAAGAUAUCAAAAAGUUGUACAGGCUUAUGUUCAGGCUUCGCUUUCACCGUUGCGAUAAGAGAAAUGACAAUAAUCAUGACUCUAUUGUGGACUCCUUUUUAGGAGAAUUAGGUGCUGAUUGCUCAGAAUACAACCCAGAAGAGGUUUUUGAGUUUUUAUACCCAGUACUUAAUAAAUUACGAAAGACACAAAAUACUAAAGCGUUAGACAAGGAGGAUAGAUAUUUUACUAUGGUGUUCGACGAAGAAUCAAAUGAAAAUAUUUCAAAAUUCAUCAAUAAUGGACUUUCCAGACAGCUGAUAAAAUUCUUCUUAGCCAAUUUCGCAAGAGACUACGUUAAAAAGAUGCCAGACAAUUUCAAGGAGAAGGUUUCAGAGGUGAUCUCAUAUUUAGCAAGUGGUUACUCCAUGAACUUACCUUUAUCUUAA